CGAAGAAGAUAACGGCAACGGGGUCUUAGUUGACACUCGAAACCAGUUAGCACUUACCACUUCAACUCCACAGUCAUCAACCUACCUGAAAAGCUCAUGAAGAUUUUCAUUUUAAACAAAUUAUCAACAUAAACUUGAUUUUAAAAAAAAAAAAGUGCUAUUACAAGACCAAAAAAACAAUGUCUACAUUUUGGGUCUCAAACUUAAUCAUUACUGAUUUUCUUUCACCGAUAACAAAAGCCUCAGCUACUAUUCCAAAAUUCCACUGUUUUUCUCUUUACCAAAAGACUCUGUCCUUUCCUCACUAUGUUUCUCACUCUCAAAGGAGAAUUGUAACCUUUGUUUCUUCAAAACCAUCAGAGUCAGAGGAACUGCCCACCGUAGAACAUGAGUGGCUAAACAGACUCCCAGAUAAGAACAAGCCCCUUUACUCUCACAGCUUGCCUUGUAUUGAAGCAUGGCUUAGGAGCUUAGGGUUUUAUCAAAGCACAGAGGACCGUGCUGUUUGGUUGAUUGAAAAACUUGAUUGGCAUGCCCAGUUAUCUCUUGAUGUGACUGAUCUUUACAUAAGGUACUUGACAAGUGGACCUGGUAAUCUUGAAAGAGAUGUGGAAAGGAGAUUUAGUUAUGCAUUGAGUAGAGAGGAUAUUGAAAAUGCAAUUCUUGGAGGACCAUAAAGUUUAAAGGCCACUAGUUAGUGCCUGCUUAUGUAUAACUGCAGUCAAGCAGUUGCAUUAUCUUUAAGAUACCAGUUACUUUAUCUGCUUCCUAAAGUUUGAAGGUUUCAAAGCAUUGCAAUUUUCUUUCCCUAAUGCUAUCCAUUUUCUCCUU